CGCGAUGUUUUCAUUUUGUCCCUUCACGGCCCCCGUACUGGGACUAUCGGUUUGAAUGGUCGGCGCGUGAAAACGGUAGUAGUUUGUGACGGUGUAAAGACAUUUCAGAAUGGCCUCUUCUGCCCGAUGUGCUGACGACAGCGCCUUCAGGACCCCUAAAGCAGUCCCAGUGAGGAGAUCUGUAAGCAACGGAGGGAUCCCAGUCACCAUCCCAGCUUCACCUUUCAUGAAGAAGUUGGGCUGUGGGACUGGAGUCACUGUUUACCUCAUGAACAGAGUUGGGGAGCUGAAUGCAUCUCCCUGGGCUGUAAAGAAGAUCAACCGUAAAUGUGCAGCCAAACAGGUGAAGGUUUAUGAGAAGCGCCUGAACGAAGAGGCAAAGGUCCUGAAGGAAAUCCAUCAUCCGAAUAUUGUUGGUUUCCGAGCCUUCACCACGGCUAAAGAUGGCUCCAGGUGUUUGGCCAUGGAGUAUGGAGGAGAGCAGUCGCUCAAUGACCUGAUAGAGAAGAGGAGAGAGGAUGGCCUGAAAUGUUUUCCUGUGGCCAACAUAGAAAAAGUGGCGCUGCAUGUGGCGCGUGGUCUGCAGUAUCUUCACAAUAGGAAGAAGCUGCUGCAUGGUGACAUGAAGUCAUGUAACGUGGUCAUCAAAGGCGACUUUGAAAUGGUCAAGAUCUGUGAUGUUGGUGUGUCUCUGCAGCUGGACAAGAACAUGAGAGUGUCAGACCCAAAGGUGGAGUACAUAGGCACAGAGCCAUGGAAGCCAAAAGAGGCGCUGAAGGAGGGCGGAGAGAUCACCGACAAGGCCGACAUCUUCGCCUAUGGUCUGACUCUGUGGGAGAUGAUGACGCUGGCCAUGCCUCAUCUGGAGAUGUUGGAUGAUGAGGGCGGUGAAGAGGACUCGGAGGAGAGUUUUGAUGAAGAUGCCUAUUAUGAGAGGUUGGGAACGAGGCCGCCACUGGAUGCUGAGUCUCUGGGCAGCUCAUACCAGAGGAUGGUGGAGCUCUUCUAUCUGUGCACAGAGGAGGACCCCAAGAAGAGACCCUCAGCCUCCCAGAUUGUGCAGGCUUUAGAGAGCAAUGCCCCGCUGGAGAAAACACCCUGUGAGGUGAUCGUUAUUGACUAAUUAUCUUUUUUUGUUGUUGUUGUUAGAGCUAUAUGUGCUAGGGUGUUCAAGGUCCAGUCUGUCAAGGUUGUUGUUUAAUGUCAAGUCAAGAAGGAUUUUUUGUCAGGGAUUUAAAUUAAAUAUUGCAGACUGUAUGGGCAUAACCUGAACCCCCUUCUCAUUUUUCCCUGUUGGAGGUUUUUUAUAACCUCCAGGGAACAGUAAAGAUGCAGAAGUAGACUUUAAAUGAGCAACAACAGCUCACUAAAGGAUAAGGACAGCAUUUUAAUAGUAUUCUCAGCAAUAUACAUAUAGAAACUUAAAGCCAACAAUGAAGUGCCUCAACUCAGUUAAUGUUUGGCAGUUCUGGUCUUGAUUAGCUUAUUCAUUUGUACCAUAUGUCAACAUUUGAGAGCAUCUGAAGUAGCAAGAUUCAAUUGGCUGAGAUCUCUGUGUGAGCUCUCUGCUUUGUUUUCAGUCCUCUAGCUGUUUUCAUGGAGAUCUAGCUCAUGUACAGUUGUAUAGCUACCAUCUUGGCCAGGUCUCCCUUAGAAAAGAGAUCUUGAUCUCAACAGGACUUCCUGGUAAAAUGAAGAUUAAACAAUUAUGGUUGUUUGCACGUCUGGUGCUAUUAUGUAAUGAGGUAAAAAAAAGAAGUUGUA